UUCCAGAACCGGACGGUCCUGUUCCGGCUGCGCUCGCUCAUAGGCUGAGCGCUUUCCCCUCCUCCCGUGAGCGCGUGUAGAGGGGCCGGGAGUGGGAGGUCCGGAGUGGAAUGUUGCGGUGCGUUCCAGAGCAGGGCGGCGCGGACUGCGGGCAGCCGGAGCGCAGCAGCGCUGGCAUCGCUGUCCUGCGCCGGGACGCGUGGAGAGGCAGGGGCCGGCUGGGGAAGGUACUAGAGUGAACAGAAGAGAUGGUGGACUAUCUAGUUAACACUGAAAUUAACAGCCAACGGAUUGCUUCUGUGGAAAACUGCUUUGGGGCAUCUGGACAACCCCUUGCUGUGCCAGGAAGGGUUCUUUUGGGUGAAGGAAUUUUGACCAAAGAAUGCCGCAAGAAGGCCAAGCCUCGGAUAUUUUUCCUGUUCAAUGACAUCCUUGUGUAUGGGAGCAUAGUGAUAAACAAAAGGAAGUACAACUCGCAGCACAUCAUACCCCUCGAAGAUGUGACCUUAGAGACCUUGCCGGAUACCUUACAAAUGAAGAACCGAUGGAUGAUUAAAACUUCCAAGAAGUCCUUUGUGGUUUCUGCUGCCUCCCUCACAGGUAGGAUGCAUUGGGCAUCUGCUGUUUCUGAUGCCGCGCCUGUCUCCCAAGCGCUGCCAAAGACAGGGAGGCAGCCCUCCACGGAGCAUGCUGCCCCCUGGAUCCCCGACAAGGCCACUGAUAUCUGCAUGCGCUGCACACAGACCAAGUUCUCCACGCUCACACGCAGACACCACUGCCGGAAGUGCGGCUUUGUGGUAUGUGCAGACUGCUCCAGGCAGAGGUUUCUGAUGCCGCGCCUGUCUCCCAAGCCGUUGAGGGUCUGUACCCUGUGCUACCGGCAGCUGAUGGCAGAAAAGAAGAAGGAAGCAGAAGGUGGCCAGGAGCAGCCAGAUCAGAUCCAUUCAGCCAUGACAGGUUAUGAACCGUCUAGUGGGGAUGACAGUGAUAAAUCUGAUGAUGACAAAGUGGAACAGUGGCCGGCAGGUGCAGAGUUUUAUGCCUCAGAAGUACCUUGGUCAUCGUUCCACAGCUGAUCUUCUUACUCUUGGUUUAAACUUCAGGAGCCAAAUUCUGACCCAUGACUAUAGCCUUCAGUAUUCUUAGUGGUGAGCACAGCAUGCUGGGUGGAAUUUAGUCCCUUUGAGUCAGUCUGUAGUGAAUAAGAGAACUUGUGUCAUGUUACAUUGGCAGAGCACGGCCUACAUUAAGGCAGUGUGGCAUAGUGGACAAAGCACUAGAUUGGCAACCAGAAAACCAAGGUUGGGUACCCUGCUUAGCCGUUCACCUGCUGGGUGACUGUGGACAAGUCAUGUCUCCUAUCUAUGACUCAGUUUCCUUAUUUAUAAAAUGGGGCUAAUAAUACUGACCUCUUUAGUUAAAAGCUUUGCAAUCUACCGAUCUCUAUACAAGAGCUAAGUAUUAUUGCUAUUGUCUCAAAUAUGCGGGGGUGGACUCUUUUGUUGAAAUUAGAUACCCAUUGAUGUGCUGUUACUGCCUGUAUUGUUCCUUCUCUGUAGGAAAUGGAGGAUUUCAGCCUCCCCGGCUGCCAUUUAUGAGCACUAAAUACAUAUAAAAUGCUAGAAAUAGAAAUCUGAAGCAAUGCAAUACAAUCCUGGGCUGCUGUCCUUGCACCUCAGUAUGGGAAGAUGCUGAAAAAUAGCAAGCUGGAGAUGUGGGUUAGACUUUUAGUCACUCCCUCUUGCUCCCCAAGCUGCCUAAAGUGGGGAAAUGGUGCUCUCAGGAAUGUGGAAGUCUCAGGAAUGUGGCUCUGGAGGCAAACCUGCUGACUUCUCAUGAGCAUCAUCAGCACUGGAGAGGCCCUCCCACCCCAGGCAGGGAACUGCCUCUGUAAUGACAGAAGGUAAUGGGAGAGUUAAAGCUUGAGAGGGGUGAGUCGAGUGGCUGGCUGAAUUCAGCAGAAUCACUUCACCUCUGUUCCACACAUGUAUAUUUCCAGGUCUCUAAAUCUGUAACUCAGCUAGAUUUCUGUACCACAGCACCAGUGUUGUACCUCCCAUCCCAGCCUGUGGGGCGAUGUAGCAUAGGGUCAUAGAGCUAGGUGAAGGGGGUGGUGAAAAGAUGGGUGGAUGGUCAAAACUAAGGUCAGAUUCUCCGACGUGCUGAACAUACUGAAUGCCCAGAGACUGACUCACUCAUUAAGGCUCCAGGCCUUUGCUGCAAACAUGUUGCAUAACUUCAAGCCCUGCUGACUUCAGCAUUAUGCACAUGUGUUUUCAGGUUCAGGGCAUAAAAUCAUAUGUUUAAUUAAAAUUGAACUUUGACAUUAAAGUUAAUCUCAAGUGAGAGGCUGUGUUUAUUCAAUUACACUGUCAUAGUCUCAUGUGUAACUAAAAUCAUAUCCGUGAAAGCUAGACAAAAACAAUUGUAUUGCAGCAAAUAACUGAACAACAAAAGCUACCUUUUUUGCAUAUUUUAUAUUGUGUAUUUUAUUCUCUGGAGCAGGUAUUUAGUUAAAAGUGAUUUUCAACAUAAAUUUUUCCUUACUAUAGCCCAGCCUAUUUAAGCAAUGAAUUGCAUGCCAAAAGACCAGGUUGGGUUUUUUUUAAGACUACUUCAAAGUAAUUCUUAUCAUGGAUUUUAUAUACUGCCAAUGUCCAACCAGUUUGUAUUAAUCAACCAAUUGUGAAUAAAGCUAUGGCCAAAGAAGGGGGGGAAAAGUGAUUAAAGUAAACGUGUUGUUGUUUAAUAAAAAAACCCCAAACAA